AAAUUGACUACAUGCUUCCAUAUUUCUUGGCAUGGCUUUGAUUGGACUAAUAUUUAUCAUCAUAAGUUCAUUGACCUUGAGUGGCUUUACACACUUUCUGGGUGCAGAGUUUUGGAAACAAAUUCCUCCAAACGAACCUUACCGUGUUAUUCUUGGGGAUGUACGAGACAAGUUAUACAACACACGUGAGCGUGCUCGUCAUUUAUUAACCAGUGGAAUCUCUGACAUUCCCGAAAAUUCUACUUUCACCGAUGUUGAGCAGUUCCUGGAGCCUCUCGAGCUCUGCUACAGGUCACUCUGUGCUUGUGGCGAUAGRUCAAUUGCUGAUGGGAGCCUUCUAGAUUUCUUACGGCAAGUUUCWACAUUUGGRCUGUCACUUGUGAGACUUGAUAUCCGGCAAGAAUCAGAAAGGCAURCUGAUGUCAUCGAUGCUAUCACUAAUUACUUGGACAUUGGWUCAUACAAAGAAUGGUCCGAAGAACAAAAACAAGAAUGGUUACUAUCCGAACUCAAUGGAAAACGCCCUCUUUUUGGCCCUGAUCUUCCAAAGACAGAAGAAAUUGCUGAUGUUCUGGACACCUUCAAUGUCAUUGCAGAGCUUCCUUCAGAUAACUUUGGUGCUUAUAUUAUCUCAAUGGCAACAGCUCCAUCUGACGUGCUUGCUGUUGAGCUUUUACAACGUGAAUGUCAUGUAAGGAAGCCAUUGAGGGUUGUACCAUUAUUUGAAAAACUUGCUGAUCUUGAGGCUGCUCCUUCUGCUAUGGCUCGUCUCUUUUCAAUCGACUGGUACAGAAACCGCAUUGAUGGUAAGCAAGAAGUCAUGAUUGGGUACUCAGAUUCAGGAAAGGACGCUGGUCGUCUCUCUGCUGCGUGGCAGCUAUACAAGGCCCAAGAAGAACUCAUUAAAGUGGCUAAACAAUAUGGAGUGAAGCUCACAAUGUUCCAUGGUCGAGGAGGAACAGUUGGCAGGGGAGGGGGACCUACCCACCUUGCUAUAUUAUCUCAACCUCCCGAUACAAUUCAUGGUUCACUACGUGUCACAGUUCAAGGUGAGGUCAUUGAACAAUCUUUUGGAGAGGAGCACCUGUGCUUUAGAACACUUCAACGUUUUACUGCUGCAACGCUUGAACACGGCAUGAAUCCACCUAUUUCUCCAAAGCCAGAGUGGCGUGCUCUCAUGGAUGCUAUGGCAGUUGUUGCUACUGAAAAAUAUCGCUCCAUAGUUUUCCAGGAACCCCGUUUUGUUGAAUACUUCCGCCUUGCAACUCCAGAGUUAGAAUAUGGUCGAAUGAAUAUUGGAAGUCGUCCAUCAAAGAGGAAGCCAAGUGGAGGCAUCGAAUCACUGCGUGCAAUUCCAUGGAUCUUUGCUUGGACACAGACAAGGUUUCAUCUACCAGUUUGGCUCGGUUUUGGAGCAGCAUUUAAAUAUAUAAUUGAGAAGGAUGUGAAGAAUCUCCAUAUGCUGCAACAGAUGUACCGUCAGUGGCCUUUCUUUAGAGUCACUAUUGACUUAGUUGAAAUGGUGUUUGCCAAAGGAGACCCAGGAAUUGCUGCUCUGUAUGACAAGCUUCUCGUGUCGGAAGAUCUAUGGUCGUUCGGAGAGCGGUUGAGGGCUAACUAUGAAGAAACUAAGGACCUUCUCCUUCAGGUAGCUAAGCACAAGAAUAUUCUGGAAGGAGACCCAUACUUGAGGCAGCGACUCCGUCUUCGUGAUUCGUACAUAACCACCCUUAACGUUUGCCAAGCGUAUACAUUGAAGCGGAUCCGUGAUCCCAACUACAACGUGAAAGUCAGGCCUCACCUUUCAAGGGAAUAUCUUGAAUCAAGCAAACCUGCUGCAGAACUUGUGAAGCUCAACCCAAAGAGUGAGUAUGCGCCUGGUUUGGAAGACACCCUUAUCCUAACAAUGAAGGGUAUCGCUGCUGGUAUGCAGAACACCGGUUAAAGAGGCAAUGGCUUGUCGGUGCUACGUCUACGUCUACGCUUAAAGAGGAAUACGGCGAGAACAGGGAGGAGAGUGGCAAGCCUUGGGAUUCCGUUGGGGAUUCUGGAAGCUACAAAGUAAAGAGUAAGAAAUGAAAGCAAUGGCGAUGGUCCUUACUUUGGCGAGGCUGUUGAGUUCGCCGUCCAUUUGGUUGCCAGCGGCGGAGAUGGGUGGUCGUUCGUCUAUGCAAAUUUAAUAUUGAGAUUGAGACAUUUUAAUAAUUUUAUUUGAUUUAUGUAAAAAAUUGUUUUAUUUUUAUAAUAUGCAAAUUAUUUAAUUU